AUGCCACCGCCCCAGAAACCCGAGACGUUCAUGCUCUCAACGGAAGCGCAACACAACCUUCCUCACGAUGCGCAAGUCGCCCUGCAACAAGUGGACAAUCUGAAAUACUUCCUUUUAUCGGCGCCUGUCGACUGGCAACCUGACCAGCUGAUUCGACGUUUCCUGCUUCCGACCGGUGACUACGUCUCUUGCAUUCUAUGGAGCAACCUCUUCCACAUUUCCGGUACGGAUAUCGUCCGAUGCCUCGCAUUUCGAUUCCAAGCGUUCGGUCGUCCGGUGAAGAACUCGAAGAAGUUCGAAGAGGGCAUUUUCUCCGAUCUCCGCAAUCUUAAAGCCGGCACCGAUGCGACAUUGGAGGAACCGAAGAGCGCAUUCCUAGACUUCCUGUACAAGAACAACUGCAUCCGAACUCAGAAGAAGCAGAAGGUGUUCUACUGGUACAGCGUACCCCACGACCGGCUGUUUUUGGAUGCGCUGGAGCGCGAUCUGAAGCGCGAGAAGAUGAAUCAGGAAGCGACUACGGUCGCUGUCAGUGAACCGGCCAUGUCCUUCGAAUUCGACUCGUCUCAGUCCCUCUACGAGCAAUUGACGAAAGCACAACAAGCGAACUCGUCAUCUUUUGCUGCCCACGCAAGUGCCCACGCAAGUACGACAUAUGGCCAGCCCAACUCCCCCGUGGUUCGGACCGUUGACGCAAUGCCUCCUCCCCAGAUGGCUCCCCCAGCGAUCCCUCUUCUCCAGGACGACUCGGCCCACCCGAUGUACAGCAACCAGCCGAUGCCGCUUUCGAACAAUCUGGUCCAGAGCAUCAUUAAGCGAGAGCAGGACUACGGAACCAUUCAGUACGACCGCAACGGAAUGCCUGUCGCCCGCAUCCACCAGCGCCAUUCGUCUAUGCCGACUUUCUACGAGUACUCACCUGCACCGUCCUUCGUGUCCUCGCAGUACGAGGAUUAUAGCAAUCGCGGCCUAUCAUUUGAGCCAGUUACCCCGCCCCAGCACUCGGUCGGACUCGGCGCGGAGCCUGCAUACAUCGCCAACGAAGACACCGGCUUGUACACCGCGAUUCCGGAUCUCUCUCAUGCGGCCCCGUACAACCCCAUGAUGCAGCUUCCGCCAUCCAAUUUCGCUAAUGGUCCUUACCAAGCGGCGCCUCGGCCUUAUUCUUCUAACCCCUACUCGGUAAUCGAAGGGUCGCCAACUUACAAGCAGCGGCGGCGACGACCAUCAAUCACUCCGGGGUCUUCUCAAGGGACUCCAGGUGUGAUGAACGGCUCGGUUCCACCUCAAUCCGUUUCGCACCCAACCACUUACGCAGCCCACAAGCCGAGCGAUCUUCGUCGCUCAGUUUCAAGCUCUGUGGCUCCGGGCCUCGAGGGGGAUGAGUCCGCACACGACCUAUCGCGCGCAUACCCGAGUACCAUGCUUCCUCAGAAGGAUUUGCUGCAUGAAAUUUCGCGCCACGGUACCCCACUGCAGCAUCUCGAUGGUAGCGUGGAGCCACAAUCAGUACCCCUGUCAAACCCGCAUGACGACUUGGCAGCGCUACCCACUAGUGCCGCCAUCGAGACGUCUGUUCAGAAUAGUACCAGCCGAGGAGACCGCUCAGCCCCCGGACCCGCUCGUCGGGCCCGGAGUGCCACGAUGAUGGAAUUGGGACCGUACCCGCAUAAAUCCCACUCGUGCCCGAUUCCGUCAUGUGGCAGACUCUUCAAGCGUUUAGAGCAUCUGAAAAGGCACGUGAGAACUCACACACAAGAACGCCCAUACCCCUGUCCAUACUGCAGCAAGGCCUUCUCGCGCUCCGAUAAUCUUGCCCAGCACCGUCGUAUCCAUGAGGCACAACAAGAUGGUCAGCCUUUGGUGUCCGAGGAAGAGCUGGAGAAUGACGGAAAUGAUUUCGACUCCGCCGAAGAGUCAUCUCCACCAGCGCCAGAGUCCAUUCACGCUCCCCACAUGGUCAACAUGCCUGCCAUGACCUCCAUGGCUGCACCCAUGAGCAUGCCUUCGGCCGUCCACCAGAACAUGGUUGGCGCCCAUAUGAUUGCUCCUCAACUUCUCCAACAGCAGAUGUAA